AUGCGAGUUAGUUUGUUAGAAAAAAGUAAGCUAGGGUUUGUAGAUGGAAGGUAUCCAAAAGAGAAGUUUCCUCCUGUUCUUCACGGACUUUGGGAAAAAUGUAAUGCUAUACUUCUAUUGGGGAUUAUGAAUUCUGUGAGUGCUGAAUUGUUGAGUGGCAUGGUCUAUGCUUCUAGUGCUCACAAGGACAUAUGGGUAGAGUUUGAUGCUCUUAUGCCCUGCCCUGGGUGGGGCUAUGAAGAGUCAAAGAAAUAUGUUGAGCACUUUGAGUACCAAAGGCUACUACAGUUUCUCAUAGGCCUAAAUGAGACAUACUCUCAGUCAAGCAAUCAUAUCUUGAACAUGUCUCUUAGUCCCUCCAUAAACAAAGCUUACUCAAUGAUUAUAUCAGAAGAAAGUAGAAGAGCAAUGUCCCAUUCCUCUCAAGUAUCUGAAAUCAAUGAAGGCAUAACCUUGUUCAGUAAUAAGGGAACAUCCUCUGGAGCUCCAGUUCAGCUGAAUGGAAAAGAAAACCUUGAGCAAAAUUAUAGCUUCUUGGAAAAUGAGGUGACAGCUUUGUUCAGUAGCAAAACGAAUGCAAGUGCUGGCUAUGGUCAUUCUAGAGGUGGAAAUCGCUCAGCCAAAGAAGAAGGGUGGAUUUGGUAUACAGUUAACUAUGCUCAGACCAAUGUUAGCAACUAUGUGUCUGAUACUUCCACUGGCCCUGCACAAGCAGGACCUACUGCUAAUUUUUUAGGAACCUCACAGACGCAACAAGCGAGUCAAAACUUCCAAACUAAAAUUCCUCAAUUUACUCAAGAGCAGUACAGUCAGAUUUUUCAACUUUUAGAAAAGCAACCUAAGUGCAGUGGUUCUGCUAUGGCAGCAAUUAUGCCAUUAUGUGGUGAUAUUACUAAAAUUCUGGCCAAAUGGAUUGUAGACUCAGGGGCUUCAAGUCACCUGGUGAAUGAUUCUAGUUGGUUGGUUAAUGCUAAAACUGUUGGUGGUAAAGGUGGAAAAGUUCGCUUACCUACUGGUAGUGUAGCUCAUGAUCUCUUCAGUGGACAAGUGAGGAGGAUUGGUAGAGAGGAAGAUGGACUGUAUGUGUUCAACUCUACUUCAAAUAAGUCAAUAUCACUACAAGCUCAAAGUACAAUUGCAGAAACUUUGAAUGUUCCGAGUGCAAUGCCCACUGUAAAUAUAAUAAAGGCUCAUAAUAAGGUAGUGAAUGUAGCUUUAUGGCAUAAGAGGUUAGGUCAUGUACCUCUAGAUACUUUGCAGAAACUGAAAGGUUUUCAUGAUUUUCAAGUUGCUGAAUGUAGUAGUAAAGCCAGAAUCCCUACCUAUGAUGGAAAGAAGCAUUUCUUGACUUUGGUGGAUGAUUGUUCUAGGUAUACAUGGCUCUUCCUUUUACUUACUAAAGUUGAGGUUAUUGUUGUUCUUACAUCUUUGUUCACUAUGAUUAAGAAUUUUUACUCAGCUUCUGUUAAUUUUGUUAGAUCUGAUAAUGGAUAUGCUUCAUGGACUCCACCUGCUUUGUCCACACCUCUUUCCUCUUCUUCCUCUCCCGUAUCUUCUAAUUUAGCUAUGUCUUCUAUUCAUCUUUCAUCUGCUGGUGGUCUUAUUGAUCAUGCCACAAUCAAUGAUGCUCUUGCUCCUACCAUAGCUCCUGAUGUUGAGCCACUAUAUGACAAUAAAAAGUCCAUCAUGGUGAGUAGACCACCCAUAUGGAUGAAAGACUACAUUGUUCCUAGCAAAGGGAGUGCACAUUGUUGUUAUCCUAUAUCAGACUAUGUCAGCUAUGCCAAUAUGUCCCCUUCCUUUGGAGCUGCAUUAGCUGCUUACUCAGCUAUUGUGGAACAUAAAACCUAUAAUGAAGUAGUAAAAGAUGAAAAGUGGAUUGAGGCAAUGAACCAAAAUGGCUACAGUCGGUCUGUUCUAGCCAUUGCUGCAGCCAAACAUUGGGCAAUUUUUCAAAUGGAUGUACACAAUGCUUUUUUCCAAGGAGACUUACUUGAAGAAGUUUACAUGGAGGUUCUUCCAAGGAAAGUGGAGUAUGAGAUAAUAGUGGUGCUUGUCUAUGUGGAUGAUUUGCUUGUAACUGGGAGUAGCCAAACGUUGAUUCUUUCAGAAAAUGAAAGACGUAGGUGA